AUGCAUAUAUCGUGUCCGCUUAAGCCCCCACAUCAAGGGUGCAAAGGCUGCCCCAUGCUUGAAACCAUCGGCUGGAGGUGGCCUUUGUUUAUUAGUCGCAGUAUUUUGAUGAAGCACCGAAUCCGCCUUACGCCUCUGGCCUGUGCAUCAAGGGACAUGGGUAAGAUAUCCCGGUGCUCAUUUCUUCCAUCCAAUGUUGUGGGCUUGUGUCUGUGCAACUCAUUUAUUACCCCACAGGCGCUUUCUCAGCUUUCAAAUAGGAAGGUGAUUCUUUGUCCCCAUGGAGGAAGUUUAACACAGGGGAUGGACAGGAGUGGCUAUGACACUCGUUAUGGAGAUCAUUUCGUAUUGGAGGAUCACCAUGGCACAUCUGUGACAACCCGUUGCCGUAUUCUACGACUAUCUUGUCGUUGGGUCCGAGAUAAUCAAUGCACAUCGCCAAAGGUCCAUUCGCAGGAGGGUGCACGAACGAGAGUUGUUGCGUUAUAG